CAAGCCGGCAUCGAGGGCACGCGAGAUUGUCGUUUGGUUUUUUCCACCCUCAGUGUCGCCGGUGACCAAGAGGAAAGGUUGCGGUCACGUCUGGUUCAUAACUACACCCGAGAUCUGCGACCAUGCCGUCCGAUCUGGCCAAGAAGAAGGCAGCGAAGAAGAAGGAGGCUGCCAAGGCUCGCCAGCGCACCAAGAAACCAGAGGAGGUGAACGGCGACGCGGAAAAGCCAGAGAGCGCUGAGAACGGCGAGGAGAAUGGGGUGGCGAGCCUGACCAAGGAGAUGGACGAGUUCGAGCUGAAGAAGACGGAGGCGCGGGCGGUGACGGGCGUCCUGGCGUCCCACCCCAACAGCACAGACGUGCACAUCAGCAGCCUCUCGCUGACCUUCCACGGGCAGGAGCUGCUGAGCGACACCAGCCUGGAGCUGAACUCUGGGCGCCGCUACGGCCUCAUCGGCCUCAACGGCACAGGCAAGUCCAUGUUACUCUCGGCGAUUGGCUACCGCGAGGUGCCCGUCCCCGAGCACAUCGACAUCUACCACCUGACGCGCGAGAUGGCGCCCAGCGACAAGACGGCGCUGCAGUGCGUGAUGGAGGUGGACGAAGAGCGGAUCAAGCUGGAGAAGGAGGCCGAACGCCUCGCUCACGAGGACUCUGAAUGUGAGAAGCUGAUGGAGCUGUACGAGCGGCUGGAGGAGCUGGACGCCGACAAGGCGGAGGUGCGGGCGUCCCGGAUCCUGCACGGCCUGGGCUUCACCUCCGCCAUGCAGCGCAAGAAGCUCAAGGACUUCAGCGGCGGCUGGAGGAUGCGUGUCGCGCUCGCCAGAGCCCUGUUCAUCAAGCCCUUCAUGCUCCUGCUGGACGAGCCGACCAAUCACCUGGACUUGGACGCCUGCGUGUGGCUGGAGGAGGAGCUCAAACAGUUUAAACGAAUCCUGGUCCUGAUCUCCCACUCACAAGACUUCUUGAACGGCGUGUGCACCAACAUCAUCCACCUUCACCAACGGAAGCUCAAGUACUACACGGGUAACUACGAUCAGUACGUGAAGACCAGAGAGGAGCUGGAGGAGAAUCAGAUGAAACGUUACAACUGGGAGCAGGACCAGAUCGCACACAUGAAGAACUACAUCGCACGGUUCGGUCACGGCUCAGCCAAGCUAGCCCGACAGGCGCAGAGCAAAGAGAAAACCCUGCAGAAGAUGGUAGCAUCCGGCUUGACCGAGCGUGUUGUAAAUGACAAGACCCUGUCAUUUUAUUUUCCUCCCUGUGGGAAGAUCCCCCCUCCGGUUAUCAUGGUUCAGAACGUCAGCUUUAGGUACUCCGAUGACGCGCCUUACAUUUACAAGAACCUGGAGUUCGGCAUCGACCUGGACACGCGCGUGGCCCUGGUGGGACCCAACGGGGCAGGGAAGUCUACGCUGCUGAAGCUGCUGACGGGAGAGCUGCUCCCCACAGAUGGCAUGAUCAGAAAGCACUCCCACGUAAAGAUCGGCAGGUACCACCAGCACCUGACAGAGCAGCUGGAGCUGGACCUGUCCCCCCUGGAGUACAUGAUGAAGUGCUACCCCGAAAUCAAGGAGAAGGAGGAGAUGCGGAAGAUCAUUGGCCGCUACGGGCUGACGGGGAAACAGCAGGUGAGCCCCAUCCGGAACCUGUCGGACGGACAGAAGUGCCGCGUCUGCUUCGCCUGGCUGGCCUGGCAGAAUGCCCACAUGCUCUUCCUGGACGAGCCCACCAACCACCUGGACAUCGAGACCAUCGACGCCCUGGCCGACGCCAUCAACGACUUCGAGGGAGGCAUGAUGCUGGUCAGCCACGACUUCAGGCUCAUCCAGCAGGUGGCUCAGGAAAUCUGGGUUUGUGAGAAGCAGACCAUCACCAAAUGGAACAGGGACAUCCUGGCGUACAAGGAGCACUUGAAAUCUAAAAUCGACAAGCAGACGCAUGACAUAUAAAGAUCUUCCAGACGCCACCACCCAGAACUCCCUGCGGACUCCUCCAUCUCCUCACAGCUCAUAAUCCCCCACCCACCCUCGGUCUCCAUAGCGAUCUUUUCAAAAGCAUGCAGAAACAGCAUUAAAGGUGCCCCUCCCCUUUCCACCUCAUACUGCAUCCUGAUUUGCUGGUGACCUGAACCAUCUGCACCAUGCGAGGAAUCGCACCCUUGUGCUUUCGCAAUAGGUCGGUUUCCUCCAAACAAAAUGGAAGACGUAUUUCAAACAGUGGUGUGCACUUAGCAACUUCAUUUUAAUGCCCAUAUCUGCAGCAGUACAAAUCAUAGGACUUAAUAUCCUUGA